AUGUUGUACGACCCAUUGGGCCUGAUCGGGCACGUACUAAUCUAUCUGAAGGUACUGCUGCAAGAGAUCUGGAGAUCGGAAAUCGGAUGGGAUGAGAAGAUUGAAGGAGAGUUUCUGCGAAAAUGGUACCUGUGGUUAAAGAUCAUACCAAGCGUGGAAACGGUAAAGAUUCCUAGAUGCUUCCGAGUAACGACACCCAAGUCAACGAACACCAAGAUAGAAAUGCAUACAUUUGUUGAAACAAGCGAAAGCGGCUUCGCUGCAGUUGUGUAUCUGCGUUGUGAACACGAUGGAAUUGUAGAGUGCACGCUGGCCGGCGCUAAGACACGCGUGACUCCAUUAAAGUUUUUAUCGAUCCAAAAAUCGGAAUUGCAAGCGCCUGGUAAAUAG